AUGCUCAGUCUCUCCUCAAGUUCAGCACGCUCAGUCGCUCCUCAAGUUCAGCACGCUCAGUCACUCCUCAAGUUCAGCACGCUCAGUCACUCCUCAAGCUCAGCACGCUCAGUCACUCCUCAAGUUCAGCACGCUCAGUCACUCCUCAAGUUCAGCACGCUCAGUCACUCCUCAAGUUCAGCACGCUCAGUCACUCCUCAAGUUCAGCACGCUCAGUCACUCCUCAAGUUCAGCACGCUCAGUCACUCCUCAAGUUCAGCACGCUCAGUCACUCCUCAAGUUCAGCACGCUCAGUCGCUCCUCAAGUUCAGCACGCUCAGUCACUCCUCAAGUUCAGCACGCUCAGUCACUCCUCAAGUUCAGCACGCUCAGUCACUCCUCAAGUUCAGCACGCUCAGUCGCUCCUCAAGUUCAGCACGCUCAGUCACUCCUCAAGUUCAGCACGCUCAGUCACUCCUCAAGUUCAGCACGCUCAGUCACUCUUCAAGUUCAGCACGCUCAGUCACUCCUCAAGUUCAGCACGCUCAGUCACUCCUCAAGUUCAGCACGCUCAGUCACCCCUCAAGUUCAGCACGCUCAGUCACUCCUCAAGUUCAGCACGCUCAGUCACUCCUCAAGUUCAGCACGCUCAGUCACUCCUCAAGUUCAGCACGCUCAGUCACUCCUCAAGUUCAGCACGCUCAGUCACUCCUCAAGUUCAGCACGCUCAGUCACUCCUCAAGUUCAGCACGCUCAGUCACUCCUCAAGUUCAGAGGCCCAAAGAUUGUCAGAUCGUUGUGCAGGAAAACCACUCCACACGCACGUACAGUGUACACACUGAUUACAAUACAAGUAACGCGUGUCGCAUAGCAACAGGUGGCCGCUAA